CACUCCAGGCCAUAUACACCUAUGAAAGGAGCCUUUUCCACUGUGUGGUUUGACAGGUAUAAGAUCUCUAUUGACUGUCCAGAACACAUUGAAAGUAUUGAUUCCAUGUGCAGGGGCCUUACAAACCUGAUCAAUGAUGAGAUUAAGAAUGGCAUUGCAAAGAAUAGGAUACUAAUAGGAGGCUUUUCAAUGGGAGGUGGAAUGGCAAUGCAUUUAGCAUAUAGGUUUCAUCAGGAUCUGGCAGGAGUCUUUGCAUUGUCUAGUUUUCUAAAUAAAGACUCUGUUGUUUACCAGGCUUUGAAAAGUAAUGAAAAUGUUCCUCCAGAAUUAUUUCAGUGUCAUGGAACUGCUGACGAACUAGUUCUCUACUCAUGGGGUGAAGAAACCAACAAGAUGUUAAAGUCACUUGGAGUAUCAGCAACACUUCAUACUUUUCCAAACCUCAAUCAUGAGUUAAACAGAACUGAAAUAGAAAAAUUAAAAUCCUGGAUUGUAAAAAAAUUGCCUGUUGAAGCAGCAAAGGCAAAUGAAUAAAAGAAGAUCCAGCCUCAUAA